CUCCUGCCCUCUCCUGCCCUCUCCCUGCCCCUCUCCUGCCCUCUCCUGCCCUCUCCUGCCCUCUCCUGCCCUCUCCUGCCCUCUCCUGCCCUCUCCUGCCCUCUCCUGCCCUCUCCUGCCCUCUCCUGCCCUCUCCUGCCCUCUCCCGCUCUGCCCUUCUGCUUCUAUUCUCCCUCUUCCGCACUACUUUUACUAGUGAUACAAAUGGAGCCCAGUGGCGAAGGUGAACAGGCACGUUCUAAGGAUCGUCGCCACGAGAGAUUAGAAUCGUUACGAUGUCACUUCGAGCAGAUGAAGCGUCCGACACCCUCUCAAUCCGAUUUACUCAAAAAGAAUGUUGAAAUCGUCAAGGGCCCCCGCGGCGGCGAGAACGGCUUGUCAAAGUCUGCUGUUUCAAGACACAGGCAAUGGCAAGAUGCUUUCAGAGAUAUAUAUUACGACUCAGGCAUUAUUGGAUUUUACUUCGUUGCUCAUGCGCUUUCGGCAACUGCUUUGACAGGCUUUGUGCCCCAGUUCCAACAAUGGUGGUUGACGGCUAGCAUCCCUGAUGCUUUUGUUGAGCAUGCCAAUAAACUGGAGGCCUUGGACAGUGUUACUCAGCAGCUAGAAAACGGGACUUUGCCGGCGUUCUCUGCCGUAUCUCGUUCAAUGAAACCGAUUUGCACCCGACCUCUUCGGCCGGCCCCAAUCCCGAACUUUUGUCGCCGAGCGAACGACCGAGCGAGGCAAUAUCGUCAGACACUGAUAGUGAGGAUGACGAAGGUAUAG